GUUCCAUGUUCCUGUCUUCAACACUCACCUGUAGAAUCUCGGCAAGAUGACAAGCCUCGGCCUCGUCCUAUUGGCGUUAUUGCCAUUAGCUGGCAAUGCAAUUAGUCCGCAUUUACAGUCGAGGUUCAAACGAGACACCAUACAGCUCGGUACCAGCACAUCGACCUCGUACUGCGAGAGUCUACUGGACAUGGCUGACGCUGUACCAGACAUCGACCAAGCCCCGCUACUGCAGCUGCUCAUCUCCCAGGCAUGUUCAGGCAUCGUCAUCUUGCCCGACCAAGACACAACGCCAUCAACCCAGAAACCAACGACGACGACGACGACGACGACGACUACAACAACUGCGAAACCUUCCACGCGAACAUGUGGCACUGUCUUUAGCAGCGGAGCCGCAACGGCUCUGAGAGUCAUCAAUGGAGAAAAAGUGGCAAAGGGAGAGUACCAGUUCCUGGUUUCGUUCUUGUACCUAGGGGAGGUUGUGUGUACCGCCACAAUCAUAGACCCGACACACGUCUUGACGGCAGCUCACUGCACUAACGGUUUGAGGACAAGCGAUCUGUCAGUGGGAAUAGCAGAACAUGAUUCCACCAAGAAGGACGGCGAGAGGAUCAUCGAUGUGAGGAAGGUUACCCAGCACCCCAGGUACAACGAUAACACCCUUGUGAACGACAUCGCUAUCCUGACGCUGAAGAAACCUAUCACCGGUAUCAAGAACGCCGAGCCCGUGUGUCUCCCAGUCAACGGGCAGUGCGGGAACCUCAGAAAUAGGAACUGUGUUGUCGCAGGGUGGGGAGCCAUCUCACAGCAGGGGGGUUCAAAUACGUAUCCUAGCUCCCCCUUCGACGCUACUGUCCAGGUGUAUGAUGGAACCGCCUGCCCUCUCCAAGCUGCAUCCCCCAGUGACGAGAAGACUCAGAUCUGUGCUGUAGGGGCAUCCGACACCUGUGAGGGCGAUUCUGGCGGUCCGCUGGUGUGCAAGUUCGGCGGGAGAUGGGUACAGUGCGGUAUUACGUCCUACGGUACACGGCUGUGUAACACAAGGAAUACCCAGGCCAUCUACACGAAGGUACCCGCAUACAACAGGUGGAUCCAGUCAGUUCUUGCCAGCUGAACAUCCGGGAACUGUCGUGCGGCUCAUGUGACAUGCUUCUCAAUAAAGAUGAAGUCGUUGUUCUGUCUGUUCAACGAUUGUCCCUCCAAA